AUGGGGGACCUGGGCCUAUUGGCCUUUGAGACAAUUAGCCAGGGCCGGGAGCAACUCAUCACCCUCCUUCUAACACCCACCAACCCCAUCUUGGACGAAGUGGCCUCGCUGGGGAUAGUCACCGAGGAGGAGUACGAGGCCUUGGAGAAGCUCGCGGAGCCCAGGGAGAGGAUCCGAAGGCUGCUGAUAAAGAUCCAGAGGAAGGGGGAGCGCGGCUGUGAGCAGUUCCUGGAGUGUCUGCAGAGCCUCUGCCCAGACUUCCCGCCGGAUUUACAGCCCCCGGGACACCGUGAAGCCUGUGCUGACCCCGGUGCACACCGGGCCAGAGCUGCUCUAGGUAAACACUGGGGAUGGCAGGGGGACCGCGAGAAUCCAGAAACAGCUCUACCGCACGAGGAGAAUGAUCAAGGGAAUCCAGACUGUCGCCCAUCCUCAGGAGACAUUGAUUCACAGAACUCAGAAGAUGCCACGUCCUCAGAGAAGAAUGACCCAGAGAAGCCGGAAGAACCUGAGAAGCCAUAA